AUGUUUAUCCCCAAACUGCAAGCUUCCAUGGCUAAGUAUGAAGCAAGCGAGAUGAUCAAGAAGAAUACUAGAAAUGGUGAUAAUGUUCAACUAAAAGCUUUUAAUGGCAUUGCUCGAGCUUCAACCCAAGUCAACAAUCAAGGCAUGGUACCAGAAAUUCUUAGAGAUAACAAAAAUGUCGGGCCCAAGUUUAGUUCAAAUACUCAUCUAAAAGCAUCAAAUAUGCAAUUUAGUCGAGAGAAGAUGAAGGAGAUCUUUAGAUAUCAUGAUAGUGAUAAAGAUGGUUUUCUCAAUAUAAGAGAGCUAACAAAAGCUUUUGCUUUUCUAGGCUCAAUUAUUCCAUUUGAGAAAGCUUCCUAUGGCAUGACAUAUGCUGAUGCAAAUAAAGAUGGCCUUAUUAGCGAGGCUGAACUUGACAAACUCGUUGAUUAUGCCCAAAAGUUUAUGAAGAAGAAAUGA